AUGGGCGCUUGCGAGUCGGUCGAUGCUAAGGCCGCUCGGGAAGCAGCGCUAGUUUCGAAGAAAAUUGAUCGUGAACUUGAAAGAAAGAAAAACGGUAACAUGGAGCAGAAGCUGUUGUUGCUUGGACCAGGUGAAAGUGGGAAAAGCACCUGCUUGAAGCAGUUGAAAAUUAUGCACGCAAAUGGCUACUCGGAACAGGAGGUCCAGGAGAAGAAGUUCGUGGUGUACAUGAACAUCGUGCAAGCGAUGAAUGCCCUUCUAGAUGCAAAAGAUACGCUCGGAAUCGCGUUCGACAAUAGUUCUAUGGAGGUGAGACCCAGAAGUACUGUAAGAUCCAAAUUGCGGCAACUCGUGGGAAGCACAUGCCAUAUGGGAGCAGCGAACAGCACCCGCUUUGAAUAA